GAUAUUUGGUUGGCUUCCAGAUAGUGUGGGCAUUCAUGUACAGCCAUGUAGCAUACAUACCUUUUCUUUGGGAGGAAGAUGAAAUCUCGUGCUCCCCCACCUCCUGGGAAACCUGCUACCUUGAGUGUCCACUGUGAACAGAACCUUCCUCGCCAGGCAGCCCUUGGCUCGCAGCAGAAUCUGGUCCACAUGAAGGAGGCCCUGCAGAAUAGCACCCUGGACAUUACUGUGGUUCUGCCCAGUGGGCUGGAGAAGCAAAGUGUGGUCAGCGGGAGCCAUGCAAUGAUGGACCUGCUUGUUGAACUCUGCCUUCAGAACCACCUGAAUCCUUCCCAUCAUAUCCUUGAGGUCCUGUCUUCAGAAACCCAACAGCCUUUGAGUUUUAAGCCAAAUACUUUGGUUGGGACCUUGAAUGUGCACACAGUGUUUCUGAAAGAAAAAGGUUCUGAAGAGAAAGUUAAGCCUGGCCUGCCUAAGGUGCCUGAGAAAUCUGUGCGUUUGGUAGUAAAUUACCUGCGCACACAAAAAGCUGUCAUGAGGGUGAGCCCUGAAGUGCCGCUGCAAAAUAUUCUGCCAGUCAUUUGUGCAAAAUGUGAGGUCAGCCCAGAUCACGUGGUUCUGCUCAGGGACAACAUUGCUGGGGAGGAGCUGGAGCUGUCCAAGUCCCUGAAUGAGUUGGGGAUAAAGGAACUCUACGCCUGGGACAACAGAAGAGUUCUUCUGACCAAAACCCAGUCGGAGCCUUCCUUGAGCUGCCGAGAAACAUUAAGAAAAUCAUCACUUGGCAAUGAUGAGACAGAUAAAGAGAAGAAGAAAUUUCUGGGCUUUUUCAAGGUCAAUAAAAGAAGCAGUAGUAAGGCUGAGCAGCUGUCAGGGGCAGAGAGCGACGAGGAAGCCUCCAAGUCAGUGGCAGGAAGGGGCAUGAACGGCUGCCUAACAACGCCUAAUUCUCCAUCCAUGCAUUCACGGUCCCUUACACUGGGUCCAUCUCUUUCACUGGGUAACAUCUCCGGGAUGUCUGCAAAAUCAGACAUGAAGAAGCGCCGAGCCCCUCCUCCUCCCGGGUCAGUGUCAUCAUUUCAAGACAAGACAUCCGAAAAGGCAUCUCUCAGCUCCCAGGUUGAUCUGCAGAAGAAGAAGCGGCGGGCGCCAGCUCCUCCACCACAGCCACCACCACCAAGUCCCUUGGUCCCCAAUCGCAGGGAGGACAAGGAAGAGAACAGAAAGAGCACAGUGGGUAUUGGACGGCAGGUGCCUCAAAAGCCUCCCAGAGGCGCAGCUCGGGGUCCACCCCAAUUAGUGCUUCCCCCACCCCCACCUUACCCUCCUCCUGACACAGAUGUGGUGGAGCCUCUCGGCUUUCCUGGGGAAGGUGCUGGUUCCGAGGCCUCAGAGCUGAGACCCAGACUGAGCCUACCCCUGAGGCCUGGCAGUCACUGCAGCGUGGACGGAGUCCCACAGUUGCCACCAGAGGCUGAGGAGACGGGCUCUGUGGGCAGCUGUUUUGCCUCGGAGGAUACAACUGAGGACUCAGGGGUGAUGAGCUCCCCCUCAGACAUCGUCUCUCUGGACUCACAACAUGACAGCCUCAAAUCCAAGGACAAAUGGGCCACAGACCAGGAAGACUGCAGUGACCAGGACCUGGCUGGAACCCCAGACCUGGGUCCCCAAAAGAGCCCAUCGUGGGAAAUGAAUGGCUCUGGCAGCUCACAUCCGAGAAAUGAGAAUGCCAUCAUUCCCUCAAAUGACGAUGAAGAUCUGUUCAUUACUGGGCAGUUCCACAAAACCCUGGCAGAACUUGAUGAAGACCUAGAAGAAAUAGAAGAGAGUUAUGAAUCGGACCUCAGCUCUCUAACCAAUUCCAUAAAUGGUGUGUCCAACCACUGCAUGCCAGAGGCUAUAAUUCCCUAUGGUAACACAGACACAAUCCCAGUGACAUUUAUUGGGGAAGUUUCUGAUGAUCCUGUGGACUCAGGGCUGUUGUCGAAUAGCAACAACAAUGCUGGUUCUUUUGGCAAAGGGGAUGUUGCCAGUGGGAAAUCCCACCUACUCCCAUUUCAGUCUGAGAACAGCCAGCCACAUGGAAGGAGGCAGAAAGAAGAGGCUGACCCUUUCCCUCCAUCCCAGGACAUCACAAAGGGAAUUCAUUCUCCUUUAGCCAACAUCUCUCAGGAUGAGACUUCAACUGUAAUAGGGUCCAAGAUGACUUCUUUUACUUCAGAACUUUACAUACAGGGUCUAAAUGCAAAGGGAAAAGGCCAGGUGCAAGGCUCUGCUCAAACCGAGAAGAUGCAUGACAUCCAGAGAGUAAAUUCAAAGCCAGCCAUCAGAAAGGACAGUGACAGUGACACUCCAACCUUGGUACCACCACCGUGGUCUCAGCGAGGCCAAACUCCAGGACGAAGCCCUGGGCUUAAGUAUGGCCUCACAACAUACAAAAUUAUUCCUCCGAAGUCAGAGAUGAAGUGUUACGACAGGGGUGUGUCCCUCUCCACGGGUGCCAUUAAGAUCGAUGAACUAGGCAAUCUGGUGACUCCUCAUGUGAAAGGCGGCAGGACCAUCUCCCGCUCAUCAGCCAUUGCUGAAUCAGAAACUCCACCCAUUGGGAGAGUCAAAGAAUUCUGGAUGUGUAACUCAAUGGAAAAGCACGUGAACCGGCCCACAGAAAGCUCAGCCCAGCAGACCCCCGCUCACACCACCACCACCACUUCACCAGCAAAGCCACCACAAGACCACAGACUCCAGGCAGCCCAGCAACAGUCUGGCCCCCAAGAAUAUGGAUCCCCCUUGGAUGAGGAGCGAAGCCAGCCACCUUCAGCGGUCACCAAAGUGCCAGCAGCUAAUACCACAGAAGUCCCAUUCCUCAAGCCUCAGAGAAGAACAUCCAGCCAGUAUGUGGCCUCUGCUAUUGCCAAGCGGAUAGGACCCAUGAAAGUCCACAGCAGUGUGGCGAAGCAGCCUGAGAAUGGUGAGAAGAGCCACGAAGACAGAGGACCAAAGCUGGUAGGACCACCUCCCACUCUGAAAGACAACACAGCCUCCUCCAACCUGUACUCUGAGGCACAAGGAAAAAAGCCUGAUACGAAGCAGCCCUCUGCCUGCCUUCACAGCAGUCCUGGGGCAGAGUUGGCUGUAUCGGGAUCCCAUGCCAGAGGGGAGGUCAGCUACCCAGCCAGGAAACUACCCACUCAAGACUGUCCUGCUGCUGUCCACAAAAGCUCCUAUUUCCCACCAGUCAGAUCUUCCCAGAAGGAUCCUAUUUCUGUGGGUCAGGGCUGUGGUUUCAGUGAAAAGCAAAGCACAAGUAACCAAAAGACAAGCUCAGCAUCUGACCCCACGCGCCCACCAGAAAGGGCACCCCCUUCGUCUCUGCGCUUGGCAGAGGCUCCGAGUUCCAGCAGGGCACUGGCGAAUGGCUCUACCUGGGUCUCAGUGAACAGCGAGCGUUCAUGCUCUCCAAAAUUAUCUAGCCGCAUCAUCCUAGAAACAGAAGAAAAGCCCAGUUUGUUAUCAGAUGCUCAUGAGACAGAUGGGACUUUGCCACCCAGCAUUUUUGGGCCAAAGAAAAAAUUCAAGCCUGUUGUACAAAGACCAGUUCCAAAAGAUACAUCCCUGCACAGUGCUCUGAUGGAAGCCAUCCACUCAGCAGGCGGGAAGGACAAGCUCCGAAAGACGGCAGAACACACCUCAGAGGGAGGGCCAAAGAAACCAUCUUACACAGAGGCAGAGAGUGAGAGAUCGGCACUGCUGGCAGCCAUUCGAGGGCACAGUGGUGCCUGUAGCCUGAGGAAGGUGUCAUCACUUGCCUCUGAGGAGCUCCGGAGCUUCCGAGCGGCGGAACAAUUGGCCCCAAGUUCAGAAAGUCCUCAGGAAGAACUCAAUCUUCCGCCCCCACCAGCCCUGCCUGCCCCUCCCCUGCAGGCCUCGCAGGUCCCCUCGGCAGCAAGGACAGCAUCCAGGUCCAGCAUGGACACCCUCAGCAACUCCGGGGAUGCCAGACAAGCCUUGAUGGAUGCCAUCCGCUCUGGCACAGGGGCUGCAAGGCUGAGAAAGGUACCCCUGCUCGUGUGACCCACAGACAUCAGUCAGAUGACUGCAGGAACUCAUCUGUAGGACAUCCAGAAUCAUCGCUCAAAGGUCCUGCAUGGCCAGAAACAUCAAGAUACGGUGUCCCUCUCGUCUCCAGGCCAAAGUACUCCCAGUGGAUUUUUGGUGUUCCUGUGUCAUGGUUGGAAGGGAGGGUAGGGGCUAUGAUGCUAUACAGUUUGUGUGCCAAGAAAACGUGAUUUGCCUCUAAUUAUUUGGAAUUGCCAAUAAACUAUGCUUGUUGGCAGAUUAAGGGGAUGCAAAGGCUGGAGCCCGGCACUCAUACUUAGUUGCUGGGCACCAAGUAAAGAACCAUGUCUUAGCUUGAUUUUGGACUUUUGAGAUUUGGCUCAUGUAGAGAUGGUUAAAAUCAUUUGUUAAUAAUCUUUAAGUUCUAGGGGGAAGCAUAAGUCAACAGAAACAGACAGAACAUGGUCCAUUACAGGAUGUUCUGUGCUCUGGGGAUAAGAGUGGUAAAACACUUCUGCAGAGAUGACCUUUGUUGAAUAAUAAAUCUAUUAGAUUCUUUUUUUCCUGUUAAUAUUUGAUAAUUGUACAGAAUCAACUAGAUUCUUAUUCCUCAACUGUUUGAGGCUAUUACUGCACAGAAGGUCCUAGACUACACUCUGACCAGCUAAGCAUUUAAAAAUCAACUAUUGCCAGACAGUACACCCAGCCUGUUUGAUCAUGUGGACAAUAACAGUUCUGAGUCCUCCCAAGGUGCUGGUGGCAGAGACCCAGACACUGGAGGGGGGAUACUUGGACAGCUGUUCCCCAGAAGGCUAUGAAGUACAUCAGGCCACCCCUGUGUACUGAGCCCAGAAACUCUGCUGGGAGCAUUGUGAACCUUGAAGAGUGCUGGGGAACAGGUUGCUGGGCCGUCUGUACAUUACAGAGCGUGGAUCAGAGAUGCCCUUUGGUGUUUCGCACUUCCCAUUUGACCACAAGCUUCCUCACGUUGAGGGUGGCCCCUGUGUUCUGUGACAGUCUUCCUGUAGUACAGGUGCUCUGUAUUCAUGAGAAAGCUUAACCAGUGCAGUAGGUUUUCUUAGGCCUCUACAACCUUCUGUUAUAUGGGGGAAAUUCCAAGAGAAACCACUGGAAAUGAAGAAUUUAUAAAAUAAAAGUGUUACCUCAGUGAAG